AUGCUGACCACUACUCAUGCCUGGCUUCUGCUCCCUGGGGCAGUCAGUCUCCUAAUAAUUCGGAGUAUUUACCGGCUGUACUUCCACCCGCUGAGCCAUAUCCCGGGCCCUAAGCUGGCAGCCAUUACCCACCUGUACGAGUUCUACUACGAUGUCUGCGCUGCUGGUGGCGGACGAUUUCUCUUCCAAAUCGAGAAGAUGCACCGCAAAUAUGGCCCUAUCGUCCGAAUAACGCCCCGAGAGGUCCACAUCAGCGACCCCGACUUCUACGACGAGAUCUACACCUCAUCCAGCCGUCGUCGCGAGAAAGAUCCCUCCUGGGUCCCGAUCUUCUCAGUCGGUACAUCCAUGAUCUCGACCAUCAGCCAUGAGCACCACCGCUUCCGCCGGAACCUACUAAACAACUUCUUCUCGAAGCGUUCUGUCAUAGACCUAGCACCCAUGAUCCAGGAACGCAUCAACAAGCUAAUCCAGCGGUUCGACGAAUUCCACCACUCCCAAACAGUCGUCCAGCUAGACGAUGCAUUUGCAGCUCUAACUGCCGAUAUCAUCACGUACUACGGCUACGGCAAACUCUGGGGGUUCCUCGAAGAUAAGGACUUCCGGAGUGAUAUCCGCACAGCCGCGACAGAAGUGUCUGGCAUCUGCCACAUUAACCGGUUUUUCCCAUUCCUGGACCCUCUUGUCCGCUCGACGCCGGGGUGGAUGGUGCGGUUCCUGGCACCGGGCAAGACGGCCGUGCUGGACUUCCAGCAAUCCAUUCUGGAUACGGUGAUGGACUCGGCGACGCAAGAGGCGAAGCCGGGUAAGGCGGCGACGACACUAGUGCAUAAACUCAUCGACCCGGAGCUGCCGCCGGAGGAGCGCACGAAGAAGCGUAUAGAGGAGGAAAGUCUUAUUUUCCUGGCGGCGGGGACUGAGACGACUGGGCGGACUUUGACGAUUGCUUCGUACCAUCUGGCGCGGAAUAGGGACGUGUUGCAGCGGUUGAGGGACGAGGUUAGGACGGUUCUUCCGACGGCGACGAGUGUUUGUACAUUGCUGGAGCUGGAGAGACUUCCUUAUUUGACCGCUGUACUCAACGAAGCGCUUCGGAUUGCCACUCCGGCCAUGAACCGAUUCCCUCGUGUUGCUCCUGAUGAGACUUUGGUAUACAAGGACUAUCCAAUCCCACCAGGGACACCCAUGGGCUCAUCACCUUUCCUCAUCCACCGCAACGCCACCAUCUUCCCCAACCCAGAGAAAUUCGACCCCGACCGGUGGAUUCGCACAAAUGGCAAGACUGCAACGGGUGAACGGCUCGAUCGCUACCUGACUGCAUUCACGAAGGGCAGCAGAGCUUGUCUGGGAAUAAACCUGGCCUAUGCGGAACUGUACAUGGCCCUUGCACACCUCGCUCGCAGGGUGGAGUUUGAAUUGCACAAUACUGGGCCGGAGGAUGUCAAGAUUUGCAGGGAGUUCGUCAUUGGGUAUACGAAGCGCGCUGAGCCGCGUGUCUAUGCACGGGUGGCGAGCGUAUUGCAGGACUGA